GUCCUUGGUUGCAUCUCUGCAACCCUCCGCGCCCACAUCCGCCGCCAUCGCCGCCAUGGAGGACGCCACGACACCGCCGUCGCAGCCCGAGCUCGUCGGAGAGAAGCGCAAGAGGGAGGAAGGAUCGCCGGAUGCGGCUGCCGAAGACGCGCCAGCCGCAUCCGGCGAGGACGCGGCCGGCGGCGGCCGCCACCCGAUGUGGAAGACGAGCCUGUGCUCCUUUUUCCGCCGCCGCGGCGCCGGCGCCGAAGGGUGCAGCCACGGGGAGUCCUGCCGCUACGCGCACACCGAGGAGGAGCUCCGCCCGAGGCCCGACGGCACCUGGGACCCCACCUCCGACCGCGCCAAGAAGCUCCGCAAGGUCGCCGCGGAGGCCCAGGAGGAGGCCGAGGAGGAGGUAACGGUGGAUGAGCAGUCGCUCGACAAGUGCCUUGUUGGCCUUCCCAGGGGCUGGACGGCUGAUAGGAUCAAGACCUUCCUCCAAGACCAGGGAAUCUUGUAUGCGACAGCAAAGAAGAAGAAGGGAAUGACAGUUGGUUUUGUGACUUUUGAAAGUGUCGAGCAAUUAACACAUGCUGUUCAGGUCCUCAAGGAGAAUCCUUCUGGUGGAAAGGAAAUAAAGAUAUCUGAUGCUAAUCGUAGGUCUCACCAGAAAGUCCGUGCUGAAGGGCAUGUUGCUAAUGGAACUGCAACAGAAAAUGGUAGUAAUCCUGCUACUACUGCUGGGGAAACAUCUGCACCUGAAGUGGUUGCCUCAAGUAAAAAAAGUGCCCGUGAUGCUGUUACUCCCCUUGCCCAUAUGCCUUACAAUGAUCAGCUAGAACAUAAAAAACAUUCAAUGGCACAAAUACUGAAGAGACUUACUCGCAAUGCUAGGAAAGCUUGCCCACCUGCCAUUCCCCUUCCUAAUUGGAUUUUUAAAUCAAAGGAAAUUGGUGGUCUUCCUUGCAAGCUCGAAGGCAUUUUGGAGUCCCCCAUUGUUGAUGGAUACCGUAACAAGUGCGAGUUCUCUGUAGGAUAUUCCUUGGAGGGCAAGAAGACAGUAGGCUUUAUGCUUGGGAAUUUCAGGGAAGGUGUGACUGCUGUUGAGGAGCCUGUGAACUGCCCAAACGUCUCAGAAAUUUCCUGUAAAUAUGCUCAGAUGUUCCAAGAUUUUCUGCAGUCAUCAAGCUUGCCUUUGUGGAGUCGAGUUGAUAACUGUGGGUUUUGGCGCCAAUUCACAGUUCGUGAGGGAAGGUGUCCAGCGGAAGCUGUUGUUUUACAACAUGUGGAAUCACAAAUAUCAGAAGUCAUGCUUAUUGUGCAGGUGUGUUCAACAGAUGUUGAUGAGGCUCUAAUGAAAGAAGAGUUUGACAAGCUGUCCACUGCCCUGAUACAAGGCGCCUCAACGUGCUCACCUCCAUUGCCACUAACAACUAUUGUAGUGCAAGAUCAUAAAGGAAUAUCAAAUGCUGCUCCUGCUGACUGUCCGCUGAUCCCACUAUUGGUGCCAAAGGGAGAUCAGUUGGAAGGCAGAGCAGAAGAUAAAACGAGAAUCCAUGAUCACAUUAGCAAUUUAAAGUUCUCCAUAUCACCGACUGCUUUUUUCCAGGUUAAUACUCUUGCUGCAGAAAGACUGUAUACCCUUGCUGGUGAUUGGGCCAAUCUCAAUUCGGACACAUUACUUUUUGACGUAUGUUGCGGGACUGGAACUAUUGGUCUAACCUUAGCACAUCGUGUUGGAAUGGUUGUCGGGAUUGAAAUGAAUGAAUCGGCGGUUUCAGAUGCUCACAGAAAUGCUCUUAUUAAUGGCAUAAAAAAUUGCCGCUUUGUCUGUGGCAAGGCUGAAGAUGUGAUCGGGUCCCUUCUCACAGAAUAUCUUGGUUCACCACAGCAACACAUUGCAGCUUCUGAAAGUAAUUCUGUGAUCAAUGAUACAAGCAAAAAUGAGGAUACGAUCAAUUGCACAGAGAGUGAUGUUGAAAAUAUGGACAGUUCAGCAGAGAAAAAUGACAAUGGUGAAAAUGAGCAGCCUAGAGAUGGAUCAGUUGAUCUUCACACUUGUGGUGAUGAGGAUAUAAAGGGAGAUUCAGUGGAUAGGGUUAACAAAGAGGCUGAUUCCAGUCCUGAUGAGCACAUUGAGGCCGUUGUUGAACAAAGUUGUGGGGAAGCAUCAUUGAUCAAUGACGAGCCCACUGAUGCAAUAUCAACUGAUAGUUUGGAGCAUGGCAAGACAUGCCAGGAUAGUUCUUCGAUUCAAAACAACAAUGUGCUUGCUGCUAGUGCAUGUCAGUUCAAAAAUGUUGUUGCCAUUGUGGACCCUCCACGUGUUGGCCUUCACCCUACUGUGAUCAAGGCAUUGAGGAUGCAUCCACUCAUUCGACGUCUAGUGUACAUUUCCUGCAAUCCAGAUAGCCUAGUCGCCAAUGCGAUCGAGCUGUGCACCCCAACAUCUGAGAAACAGGAAAAGAACAAAGGCAACCGAGGAUGGCGAUCAAUGAGCGCUGCUGGUCUUGCUAGGCAGCGGACGAAGUCCAUGCCGAACUCUGAGCCUUUUAUCCCCAAGAGGGCGAUGGCGGUGGAUCUGUUUCCUCACACCUCGCACUGCGAGAUGGUUAUGCUUUUCGAGAGGUGAAGGAAGUGUGUGUCUAUGCAAGGCAUGGUGCCUCAUUCUUUUUAAGUCAUUUUAACCAUUGUGUGUCGAGGACCCUAUAUCAAUUUUCCGCAGUUUGGUCCUCAUGUUGUAACAUGCUUAUUAACAUCUAUUUGAUCGAGAAGCCAUGGAUUGGAUGGUUAGUGUUUGAUAUUCUGCAUAAUUUUGAUAGGAUGUGCUACUUCAGCGUAUCAACACAUUCCGUUUCCUGAUAAAUGGACGCCACAUGAUUGAAGUACCAAA